AUGAUAAAUUCCCGUCCUCUGGAUUGCCUCGCUGAGGAGGAGACAUUGGCAAGACCUGCCCUAGGCAUAGAGCAAGAUGUGCAAGGAAAACGACAUUCCCAUCAAAAUCGCAUUGGCAACUACGACUUUAUUAGAACUAUAGGAGAGGGCUCCUUCGCCAAAGUUAAACUGGCUGUCCAUCGACUUCUUGGCGAGAAGGUUGCGAUAAAAGUCAUCGAUAAACAGACCUUGCCGGACUCAUAUUCCGUGGCUCAUCUCCAUCGUGAGGCGCAAAUCAUGCGUAUGCUCGACCAUCCGAAUAUUGUACAGUUAAUUGAGGUCAUGGAAACUAAGCGAGAGCUAUAUUUGGUACUGGAGUAUGCACCAGGUGGAGAAGUGCUAGAUUACAUUGUCGCCCAUGGGAGGUUGAAGGAAUCCGAGGCAAAAAAGUUUGUUCGUCAGAUUGUUGAAGCUUUGAAGUAUUGUCAUGAAGGCAAUGUCGUUCAUCGGGACUUGAAGGCCGAGAACCUGUUGUUAAACAGCAGCAUGCAAAUCAAGAUAUCUGAUUUUGGCUUGUCGAACAUCUUCGAUCGAUCAAAACAACUUACGACAUGUUGUGGAUCGCCUGUGUAUUCUGCGCCCGAGCUCAUUGAGGGGAAACGCUACAUUGGUCCAGAAGUAGACGCUUGGUCCCUUGGCGUUAACUUGUAUGCAAUGGUGGUGGGAGAUCUGCCAUUCGCUGCGAAGGAACUGAAGAAAUUGUAUGACAAAGUCCUAAGUGGGCGGUAUGACAUUCCGUCUUACGUAUCAGCGGACUGUCAGGACCUCAUAUCGAAGCUUCUCACCCUUGACCCUAAAGAGCGGUACACAUGCGCCCAAGUAUUGCAACACUCGUGGAUGGUAGCUUCCGAAUCGCGUUCAUCAGUAGCCGACGAGGGAAUCGCCACGCAAGAGGACUCAGGCAAUCAGCUAGGACGGCAACAACAAGGAUUAAAAGCUGAGAUACCCCAUUUAAGGCCACGGACUCCAGCUGAACUUGAUGGUGAAAUUCUGGACCGGUUGGAGGCAUUGGGAUUCGACCGUGGAUCCGCAGCUCGUGACGUUUUGUCAGGCAAGUUUAAUCAAGCUGCCGGGACAUACUACUUGCUGGCCAUAGGAAAGCGUCGCUCUGGAAGUGCUCGUCCUAUGAUUGAGAAACGGAGAACUGUUGAGCAAACUACAACUGACAGGAGUAGAGAUGCUGUCGGUCAGAGUGGCAUUGCAUCCAGAGUUGGAUCGACAGCGAGAGAAGGCGAUGAUUUAACUAGCGACGAACUAGCCAAAAUUUUGGUCAAGGCUGAAAGAAGUCGGCGAGCAAAAGACCUCGCUGAGAAUGCGGCAAAGCUAAAACGCGAAGCCCUGGACUCCGACACCGCGAACGGGGCAGCCGCACGAUUGCAGUUACGCCGUAGAUCCAAAACGCUGGCUCCAGUCACAAGCAAAGUCGCAAUGAAUGCUGCAGUUGCUGCUGUUAUGAGUUCCGAGCCAUCCCCAAUUGGUAACGAAAGGAGGCACUCCUUCACAUUGGUGGAAGAACCCCUUCCUGCAUCACCGGUAAAUAGAGGAAGACGACAUAGUUUUUCCCCUGGCGAAAGCGAGAUAAUAGCUCAGGUGCUGGCCCGAAGCCGCUUGAAUCGGGGUAAAUCUCCCCCAAAAGUCAGUACACCGUCGUCUCGAGGGAAAGCGGCCACUGGAGAGAUUUCGCCAAUUUUGCCGACUGGUUAUCGGCCUGUCCGAAAAGGAAGUCUCCCUCCGAUUCAUACUGCCUCUGAUAUGGCAUCAAGGUUUUCCAAUGGAAGCGCUGACUUCGAUCAUAGGAAAGCAACCGCAUCCGGGUCACCCACUAUAGAACAGCCCCUGGGAGACCUGUGCGCAUCACCGUCCUCAAAUCUUCGGUCGCACAAACCACACAAUCGCACUAUUGCCAUCGAUGAAUCGUUAUAUCUUUCUAAAGAUCUGGAUGACCCUGAUCCCACGCCUUCUUCGUCUGAUCAGCCACGGACGAUCCGCUUUGCGUUUAAUUGCUAUACCACUACCUCGUUGCCACCUCCUGUCCUCUUCAAGAGGCUCCUGGACACUUUGACACGUACCGGCAUUGAUUGUGUAGCGGAAGGAUACCUAUGUGCCUGUGAAAUAGGUCAAAUUAGAUUUGAAGCGGAGGUGUGCAAGCUACCGAGGUUGCGCAUGUACGGCCUGAGGUUCAAACGAGUAUGUGGGGAUAUGUGGGAAUAUAAGAGAGUAUGCCAAAAGAUAACGGAAGGUUUGGACCUAUUGUAG